UAUGUCGGCGAGCUACCGUAGCAGACAUCCCUGACGUCAGCAGCACUGACGCAGCAGCAUCAUGCGAAAAACAAUAAUGGAGGCUUGCAAUGCUGUCGAGCGCGAAGUUGUCAAAGUUUUAUCAAAAUUCGGUGCGAUAAAUGAACACGGCGGAACGGUGUUGCGUGAUUUGAUUAAUCACAUUGAAUCUCUGAAAAAAGAACUAGAAGACGGUCCAUCGGAUCAUGAGCUGACACAAUGUCAGAUCCAAGUUAUGAACCAAGCAAUGACCAAAGUUCGGGAUACAGUACAGCGGUUAGCAACGGAUCACCGGGACCUGCACAGCACAGUUUCAAAAGUUGGCAAAGCCAUUGAUAGAAAUUUCAUUGCUGACUUUGCCAGCACUAGUAGAGAGGAUGUAUUUUCUGGACCUGAAAAAACACAUUUACUCAACCAAGUCAUAUGUCAGCACUUUUAUCGGCAAGGGAUGCUAGAUAUUGCCGAUGAAUUGGCAGCGGAAGCCGGAAUUAAGACUGAAGAGGGUAGGAAGGAGCCAUUCACCGAACUAAAUCAUAUUCUAGAUUGCUUGAAGCAACGAAAUCUGGAACCUGCUUUAGAAUGGGCUCGCAAUCACCGUGAUGCACUCUUGGCACAGAACUCAUCUCUAGAAUUCAAGCUACACAGACUACAUUUUAUAAGAUUAGUACAACAGGGUCCCACCAAACAAGCUGAAGCUAUUUUAUACGCCCGAAAAAACCUCACACAAUUUGUCGCUCGUCAUGAAAAAGAAGUUCAAUCUUUAAUGGGGACUUUGUUAUAUUUACCAAAUGGAAUACAGUCAUCACCCUAUAGUCACCUGUUGGAUCCAACGUUGUGGCUCGAUAUUCACGACGUUUUUACUAAAGAAGCUUGUACAUUGUUGGGACUCAGUGUCGACAGUCCUUUAUCUGUUUGUAUAAACGCAGGAUGCACAGCUUUGCCCGCCCUCCUCAAUAUCAAGCAAGUGAUGCAGCAAAGACAAGUAACGGGCAUUUGGAAUGGAAAAGAUGAGCUUCCGAUCGAGAUAGAUUUGGGAAAGCAGAGUCGCUAUCAUUCAGUAUUUGCAUGCCCAAUAUUACGACAGCAAAGUACUGAGAACAAUCCUCCGAUGAAGUUGGUGUGUGGUCAUGUGAUUUCGCGAGACGCCCUCAACAAACUGACUAGUGCUAAUAAAAAUCAAUUUGUUUCCAGAUUGAAAUGUCCAUACUGCCCAGUCGAACAAAACCCCGAAGAUGCCAGGCUAAUAUACUUUUAGAUGCCAGAUAGAUGUGAUAGAUCGUAUUUGUAAUGAGCAUACCUUACGUUUCUCUCCUUAGUACAUGUAUAGAUUUAUAAAUACAUAAGUUUUAUCCACCUGCUCUGGCUGCUUAGCUAAUAACAUAAAUUGUACACUUGUACACCAUUGUUCAAGAAUUUUUUCCUAACUUUCUCAAGGAUAUCGUUUACCAACACUAACUUUUGGUGGUUUGUGUGUUACUACUGUUUCCUAUGUUUUGUUUUAUAGAAUGAAUUCACGUCGCAAACUUUUGGGAUUAUUUUGCCACAAUUGAAUGUAAAAAUGCUGAUCGAGGUCCAGUUAGAUUAUUUUUGCUUCACAAUUAGUGAAAAAUUAUUCGAGACACGGCCUAAAGUUUGCGACGUCUUCGCAUAAUCGCAUAAUAUUCCUAAUGUUAUUUAUCACUUUAUUGGUUUCUUCAGCAGUUUGAUUUGGUAAAUGAAUAUCCUCUUGAGUGACUGAAUAUCUCUGCCUGUUUGAUUACAACAAUUUGUACGAACAUGAAAUGCACUGAAUUUGCGAUACAGUAAUCAUUUAUACAGCUAAAAUUCGAUAUUAAAAGCGCUUCUCUUAAUUACACUCGGAUCAUGUAGUGUCUCAUAACAUUAUCACAUUUUGCUCGUGUUACUGAAGUCAUUUUGUAAAUUGAACCGCUCUGAAAAGUUUUGCGAACUUAGGUGUGAAUUAUACGCAGUAACCCGAUCCCUAUCAGAUGAGAAAUGGUGAUAUUAUUAUUAUUCCCUGUUGUAGUUUCCGGUCAUCGAUCAGUCUGCAGAAAUUGUUGAUAGCAAUUACUACUUGAUCAACUGUUGAAAACGCAUCUAAAACGCGUUUGCGGGAUACUAGAAUUAUUCGAAAAGAACGAUUCGCAUAAUAUUUGAUUUUAGUGUAAUUAGUAGUUGCAUAAGGUAUAGUUAUUAUAGAUACUCAUGUCGCAUAACUACUAUCCGCGCAGUUAUUGGAACGUGAUCAUAUUAUAAAAUGCUGUUUAAUGCCUAAUGGCAUGACAACGAGAGGUGUACCUCUAGCUGUAACAAAAAUAAAUACAUAUAUACAUUAUAAAAACUUGUAAUAUUGUAACAAGCUUGAAAGCAUCAACAUGUCGUUAAACGUUCAUUACUAAUCUUUGUUUUGUUGUUUCAUUAAAUAAUCGGAUUUAUCAUCGUGAACAUGUUCAUUUUGAGCGGUCAGGUGGCGUAUAGUCUUUCGGUUGAAUUAGUUAAUGUGACGUACAUUAUAUGUAUAUUCAUUUAGGUAUUUUGGUAGUAGUCGUAAAGCCUAAUUGAGUCGACCAUAACAUUGUUCGGAGAUCAAAAGACAUUAAAACACAUGAAAAAUUCGGAAAGAUGCGAAAUUUCAAUGAUUGGCUAAAAAUCGAGAUUUUUCUUAAGCCGCAGGUAAUUUUUCUCUUUGAAUUUCGGCUCACAAAUCAAAAUAAUUGGUAUGAGGAACGAGUGUAUUCUGAUAUACUUCGAGUUCAGCAAUGCGACUUCAUUCGCUGUAUUUCUUUUAUUUCAACGAUUGGGGAUCUUAUUUGAUCGCAAUCUGCCCGAUGGGUCGAGCACGAUUGGGUCUUAGCAAGAGAAAUUAUAAAAAAAAAAACUGAAGCUUGUUAUUGAGUAUGAAUUCAAAUGAAAACAAGCCGAAAAAAAAGAUCGUAAAUAGUAUUUAUGAAUAUUGUUAACAAUAAUUGUAUAGUGAAUUUAUUAUGAUUUUAAUAAAUUUUUUUGUUUUUAA